AUACUAUGCUAUACUAUGCCAUACUAUGCCAUACAUAUGCCAUAUGCACACACAUUGUGCACAUUCAUAGUAUUGCAUUGUAUUCAUACCCAACAUAUUCAGCAUUUUUCGAAGUCCUGUCCAAACAGUGCAACAACUGUUGAGUUUCUCCACACUCUCUCUCAAAGCAAUGCAUAAAACAACUCAACGAUAACUCCAAACGUAUUUCCACUGAAAACACUGUAUGUCUACUGUUGUGACCAAUACUUGCUUUGUCUGCCAAAAACCUAACUGAGCGCUAAAUUAGUGCAUUUGAUUAGUCAAUAAUUAGUUAAUAUUAGUUAAGACGUCUACAGUAUUGACAAUCUAUUGAAUGGACAGUUUGGGUGACAUUCAAGUGAUUGAUGUGUUGUGUUGUGUAGUGUUUUGUGUGAACAUUGAAUGCGUUAAUAGUUGUGAUAACACAACACAACAAACACUACAAACAUAUUAUUAAACAUUAUAUGUACGAUAUAUGAAAGGUAUAGACAUGUCGGGCGGCGCGGCACCACCGGGUUGGGGAGGGGGGGCUCCACAGGCACCUCAUUAUGCCGACAGUGAGGACUCGCUUCAUGACGACGACAGCAGUAAAGAUGGAUCUCUUAAAGGUUCCGGUGAUCUCAACGGCUCCGGUGGUGGCAGUGAUGCUGAAGGAGUUUGGAGUCCUGAUAUUGAACAGAGCUUUCAGGAGGCGCUCGCCAUUUACCCUCCUUGUGGUCGAAGAAAAAUCAUAUUAUCUGACGAGGGAAAGAUGUAUGGUCGAAAUGAGUUAAUUGCAAGAUAUAUAAAAUUACGAACCGGCAAAACCCGAACCCGUAAACAGGUUUCUAGUCAUAUACAAGUAUUGGCCCGACGGAAGGCUAGGGAAAUACAGUCUAAGCUGAAAGUGGACAAUAAAUCAUUACAUUCAUUGACGCCCUCCCAAAAAUCCGCACACCACGCCCAUCACGCGUCACCUCAUGUGGCCGCUGCCGUCGCUGGAUUGGCCACUCUUGGUCUGGCGCCUCCAGUAACCCCAUAUACACCAUCACCAUUUUGGCAAUCCAUGGGUCCGACCAAUAACGAAGACAUCAAACCUUUUAACAAUUCAACCGGUGGUCAAUAUAUUAAUAGUAAUAAUAAUAAUAACCUGAAUUCAGGUCCCGUAUGGGAAGGUCGGGCUAUUGCCACACAYAAGUUGCGAUUAGUGGAGUUCUCCUCAUUUAUGGAGAGACACGACAAUGAUAAUGAUAAACACCUGUUUGUUCACAUUGGCAUUACUUCACCCACUUAUUCUGAUCCAAUGCUAGAGUCGGUAGACAUCCGACAGAUUUACGAUAAAUUUCCUGAAAAGAAAGGCGGACUCAAAGAGUUAUACGAUAAGGGACCGCAAAAUUCUUUCUUUUUGGUUAAGUUUUGGGCUGAUCUCAACACUUCACUUCUUGAUGAGUCCGGUUCCUUCUAUGGCGUCACUUCUCAAUAUGAAAGUACGGAAAAUAUGACCAUCACUUGCUCUACUAAAGUGUGCUCUUUUGGCAAACAAGUUGUCGAGAAAGUAGAGACAGAAUACGCUCGUUUCGAAAACGGACGGUUUAUAUAUCGGAUACAUAGGUCUCCAAUGUGUGAAUAUAUGAUUAAUUUCAUACAUAAAUUGAAAAAUCUUCCCGAAAAAUAUAUGAUGAACUCAGUGCUCGAAAACUUUACUGUUUUACAAGUUGUGACAAAUCGUGAAACACAAGAAACACUUUUAUGUAUGGCAUACGUGUUUGAAGUCUCGGAAACGGCUGGAACUCAACAUCACAUCUACCGAUUAGUGAAGGAUUAAUACAAACAAACCAUUAAAUAUAAGCCAUCAAUUCAUCCGUCAACUCAUCCGCUCAUCACAUCAUUAAUAAUAUAAAUAUUUGUAUCUCAUUUGAAUCAUUGUCUCAGUUGUCAUAACGUUUUUAUGCCAUAAAUCGAAACAACAACAAAAAUUGUAAAUGACUUUUAAAUAAUUUUAUAAAUAAUAUUGAAUUGCCAUUAGAAAACGUGCCUCAAUAUCAACCCUAUAUUAGCGAUAUUA